AUGAAGAUAGAGUACGCUUACAACACAGACGAUAUAAUUAAACUAAAGAAGAAUUAUAUUUAUAUCAAUUAUCGGAAAAUCAGUCAACAGGAUGUGCUGCCAUAUUUUAUCUUCCUGAAUACUGCUGUUGGUGUGAAAGUUCGAAAAAUUACAACAAGAAAACUGUGGAUGUUGAAAGAUAAAUUUAAGCAAAGACUUCACGACCUCAUUCAUUCUCAACUGAUUGGAACUAAUGGUACACACAUCCAAACAUUGAUUGGACUGGAGGAAGCAUGUGAUGGGUGUGAGAAAUGUUCUAAUAUUGCUCAGAAGUGUCUAGAGUAUGGUCCAUUGCGAUUUAGUACACUACAAACUAUGAUUUAUUCAAAGAACUACAAAAAACUGCAUGUGACAGAUAAACUGUUCGAAGACAUUGCAGAGUACUGUUUCGCUAAGUCAAAAAACAAAGAAGAAUGUUACAAAGAGCUGGAUGAAACUAUUCUCUCAACCAUCUCUUGUGAUAAACUUGCUAUUUGGAUUAAUGAGACCAGAGUACUCCCAAAUGAUGAAGAGAACCACAUGCAUAUGCCUCGAGAGGUUAUAGAUAUCAUUCUAAGAAAAUGGAAUGUGAAAUCGAUAAAACUCAGUAUGUUGCACAAAACGAAUGAAUACGUGUGUCGUGAUGAAUGGCUACGGUAUGACUACUUUACUCGAGUCAGAUUGAAUGAUCCAUAUUCGAAAACUAAGCAAUCAGAUUUGAAAUUCAACCAUGUCGAAGUGAGUUUGUCCUAUUCACAAGAGUGUGUAAGAGGCUUGGGAAACCUCCCUCCGGAAUCGGAACCUCCGGGAGGAUACGACAAUUUUAUUCCGAAUAUCAGAAGAAUAUUCCCAACGGAUAGAAUAACGAUGGAUCUGUCACAUUGGUUUGCUGUAGCCAGAAAGGAUAUUGAGAAGAAAAUGUCAACUAUAUUGCAAGUGGUCACUAUGGAAAAGCCGCAGAAUUUGAGUUUAGACAUGAAGUUUUUCGUGCAAUCAGGAACUGUCAAAAAGCUCAAUGAGGAGACAAAUAAGGAAGAAUUGUUAGGUAUCGCUUCGGGAUAUGUUCUACAAGAAAAUCGAUUACACUGCUUCAAAAAAUCUUCACCGUUCAUUGGUGGAAAGGGUCCUAAAGUUUUCCUUGACAAUAAAUGGAUUGGAAGAAGAUUUCACAUUGAGGAUACUGUCAAUCAAUUCAAUUUCAAUUUGGAUGUGUAUAUCAAGGAGAAGGAGUUGGAAGAGGAGUUUAAUGAAGAACUUCUACAGGAAUACCCGAAUUCGUUUGUCAGACACUUUUUUGCUUGA